AGAAAACACCGAGAGGCGAGAACAUCAGCGAGGGGAUGGAAGUGAACAUUCUGCGGUCCAUCCUCCCCCUCUGGUACCCAUCCAUAACAAUGAAGACCCUGCCAGGGAUCAAGGUUCAGCUCCUAAGUGUUUUGCCUGUGAUAUCGACUUUCCAGACCAUUACAGACUAAACGAGCACAUUGGGACGUGUCAUUUCUCUGAAGACAGCAAUCAAGGGGAGAAAGAAUACAAGUGUCGGCAGUGCCCGAAAGUUUUUAAUUGGAAGUCCAACCUCAUACGCCACCAAAUCGCUCACGACGAGAGCCGGCGAUACGUAUGUGAGAACUGCAAAAAGGUUUUCACUGAUCCCAGCAACCUUCAACGCCACAUAAGGUCUCAACAUAUCGGAGCUCGUUCUCACGCCUGCCCAGAGUGUGGGAAGACAUUUGCAACAUCAAGUGGCUUAAAGCAACAUACGCACAUUCACAGCAGUGUCAAACCUUUCCGAUGUGAGGUUUGUUUCAAAGCUUACACACAGUUCUCGAACCUCUGUCGCCACAAGCGUAUGCAUGCAACUUGUCGCAUGCAAAUCAAGUGUCAUAAGUGUGGUCAAGCUUUUAGUGCCGUAACAUCAUUAUCUAAACAUAAACGAUUUUGUGAAGGCACUCCUACAAGUAAUUCUUCUUCUUCUGUUAUUCCAAAUCAACAACAACCACCACAAACAACGAAUCCCGGUUCUGCUGGAUACGACUCCAGCAAGGCAGUGCCUAUGAGCUUAGCACCUCCUAGCAACCAACUCUUAUUCUAUCCGCGAACAGGUUUUCCUUUAUAUCCUCCUUCGUUAUUUGGGUACCCAUUCAUAUCCGGCCCCGGAUUACCGGCACCGCCGCCUUUGAUCCCGGAUACUGGUUUGUUACCAGGCCACGGUGUGAACAUAGCAGCUGCAACUCAAGCAGCUCAGGACUUUCAGAGACAUUUAUUGAAUAAUAAUGCCUCUCAGCAAUCCCAACAGUCUACCCCAAUCUUGAAGCAGGAACUAAACUCACCUGUUAAACAAACAGAAAAGCGCAAUUCUGAAAUAUCAGAAUCAGAAGCUUCUGAAGAACUGUCGUCAGAAGACACUGCUGGUGAAGAUAUUUCCUCUUUUAGUGACGGUGAAUCGGAAGCAGAUACAGUUAAAUCUUCCAGAGCCUCUCCACAAGUACGACAGGCAUCUACGACGCCUGUAGUCACGUCCGAAAACAAUACAAAUUCAGCAGCAAUGUUCGUUAAUCACCGACAAGGGUCCCCUAAGCAGGGAUCUGUAUGUCCCGAUCCAUCUCUCAUUAGGUCUCCCGUAGGAUCAAACGGUCCUUUAAGGCCAAUGCCUACAAAUGGAAUGAUUAAAACAGAUCACGAUAUGCCGUUUGAUUUAUCGCAAAAUAGUAAAAACAGAAUUCAUUGCGAAGAAGCAAAUGAUUACCAUCCAAAAAUGCGUGAUGGGCCAAAGACUGAUGAUCAGCCUUUAGAUUUAAGAAUGUCUCAUAAAAAGUCAUCUCUCAUUUCCGAUGAAGACUUUGAAAAAAAGAAACCAUUCUUUUAUGAAGAGAAAGAAAGACAUAAAGAAUAUGAUAAUCCUCCCGUUCUGGCACCUGUUCAAGAAUCUAUGCCUCAGUUAGAACUCCAGAAAAGGGAAAGUCCUCCUUUACCUCCGUCUCCUAGUAAAAUGCCUAUGGCUUACCCCAGGCCUAUACAUCCUAUGUUCCUAGAAUCUAUGUAUAGAUUGCAACAUGAAAAACCAGCAUUCAAUUUAUUCCCAAGCCCAGAGCGUCUGAUGCCACCAUUUCCUCCCCGCUAUCCUUUUUUAGGACCCCUUCUAUCUGCUAACCCCUCUUUCGAUUUCAUGCGAGCACAUAUGGAGAAAGUUAGUAAACCUAUGCACGAAAUAAUGUCACCUCAUUUAAGUAAAGCCAAAGAAAGGUACUCGUGUAAGUUCUGUGGAAAGAUUUUUCCCAGGUCAGCUAACCUCACCAGACAUCUGCGCACACACACUGGUGAACAACCUUACAAGUGCAAAUAUUGUGAACGAUCAUUUAGUAUCUCGUCCAAUCUCCAGAGGCAUGUACGUAAUAUUCACAAUAAAGAGAAGCCUUUCAAAUGCCCUCUUUGUGAUCGUUGCUUCGGACAACAAACGAACCUUGACAGACAUUUGAAAAAACACGAAGCUGACGGUCCAACUAUUCUUGACGAUUCUCCGAAGGGUAAUGAAGCUGACGAUAAAGAUGAAGCAUACUUUGAUGAAAUUAGAAAUUUCAUGGGAAAAGUAACUAAUAGUGGAGCUCAUAAUGCUGUCAAUCCAAUGUCACUCAUGACUUCGUUGGACGACAGGAAACGAGAUCGGGAAGUGUUGAUGAUGUCGUCAUCUUUGUCACCUCGUCAGAACAGUAGUCCAGUCAGCGGACAAAGUGACAACUUGGAUGAGGAAACUGAUGGCGGCAUAAACGUAUCUGAUCCCGAUGAUGAACCUUCAAGCAAGAGGCACUGCAGCGAUGACCAGUCUAACUUCAACAGUUCUUCACCUAGUACGGAACGAAGUAAUAAAAGCCCAGAUUCGACAAGGAAUCAACCGACUAUCAACAACCAUCUGAAGAAUGGAGAUGUCGCCCUCAAUCUACACCAAAAGGCUCUGGCCUACGAAGUCAUGCUUCAGCUCAAUCGGAAGCUUGACUUGAGCAAUGGCGUUCAAGAAAAUGGCCACAAGCGUCAUAUUAAUGUAGAAGAUGAAGAUCUAGAUGAGUCAAAGGAAUAUCAUAGUGACGAUGAGUUACAACGCCAGAACAGUUCCCUUCCACAUACUCCAGAGGACGUGAAAGUGGAUUGACACUUGAUAAAGACUCUGUAAGUAGUGACUAUAUAGUAAACAUUUCCAAAAAUGGUUCUACUUCUGCAAUGUGUUAAAAUUCUCAUCAGUGUGACCAACAAAAUAAUUCUGCUGAAAACAGAAGCAAUAAGGACGAGUUUCCUGCUCUGAUUGAUUGAGAAUUUUUACAUAAAAUAACGUGAAUCAAAAUGUAACAAAGACUGAAUGCAAAAAAACUGACGAACAUUUAACUCACUUGAGUAAAAUAAUUUUAUUCGAGCACUUCAUAUCGCGAAUAAAAGGAAUUAUGUGGUUGAAGCUAGUCAGCUGUAUUCGACGUGCUGCGUGUUUUGAGUAUCGACAUGUGACUUAUGGAUGUUACAUCUAUGCUGCUUCGGACUUUUUUUAGCGCCGUUCUUUACGAAUGAUGUGUUCUUGAAGGAAAAUAUAUAAAAACUAUUUAAAUCUUUUCGCGUAAUGAAAGAGUUCAAAACGACUUGGUGCUUAAAGUAAUUGUAAUAACAUUUCCAAUAAUGUCUUGUUGCUGUUACUUUUCAGAGGAAAAAUAGAUACCAGACUUUUUUCAUUUGUAAGCCAUAAUCAAUGUUGCAUUCCAUCAAACGAACUUAUUCACUCUUCAAGAUGUUAUUUCUUUGUUAAUUUGUGGUACGGAUAUAUAAUAAAAUCAUUGAUUGUUUUGAUGCGUUUAUUUUGAAUACUAGUGAAUAUUCUUACAUCCUAGUCACGUUAAAUAGUAUAUCAGAAGUGCAGCAAAAAUUAAGAAAAACUUCAUAAUUAUUAUUUUAUGAUUGUUUGCUAAUCAGAUGAAACUGCGUGUGAUAUGAUUGUUCUCAUAGCUAACAUUGUGCAAAUUUUUUAAGAAUUAUUUUUAUGUUUAUUGUAUUUUAUAUUAUUUUAAAAAAUAACUGUCAAUGCAUCAUUUGUGAAAAAACUAUAUUAGAUGUACUGGUAAAAUUUCCCCGAUAUUAAUAUAUUAAUUUAAAGCGCUCAUUCAAAACUAGUUCGAAGGAAAAGAUUCUGAAGACAUGUCUUUCUAAAUGCUGUUCAAUACACGUUGAAAAUCCAAAGAAAAUAAAUGUAUUGUUCAAUUGUACAAAAUGUGUCGCAUAUAGUGCGAUAUAGAUAUAGAUUUAUUUUAUAUUAUGAUGUUUUUAAUGUUUGUUUCAAAUCAUGGCUACACAGAUGUUUGCCUUCUCUUGUGUAUAUGAGAUCUUUUCGUUUAUUGAUAUAGGAGAGUGAAAUGUAAGAACAAUUUCCCUUUAGUAGUUUAUGUUCUUAAAAAUAAAAGUUUUUUCAUUUUCUGAUUUGUAAAUAAAUUUUUUAUUAAACUGAAUUUGUUUUAAAAACUUAUCAAAUGGCAUAUGUUGAAGCCAAAUAAGAAAGUGAAGUAAGCUCUGGAACGAUCUUAAAAUAUUUAAGUUGUUGGAAUUUUAAUAAAAAAUAAUAAUUCUUAUGCAUGUAAUUUACAUAAUUUCACUUUUAUUAUCUAUUGAGUUAAAAAAAAAACAGAACUUAAAAAUCUGAUAAAAUGCGCAUUGGUUAAUAAAAAAAGACAAAUUUCAUCGUAAAUUUGCUGUUGGAAGGUAUUUUCUAUCUCCUUUCUGCAUGCCUUCGUGGUGUAAUGGUAGCACACUUGGCGCGCAUUCGAGAGGUCGAGGUUCAAGGGCAUUGCUCAUUUUUCAUGUCUCCUCUGGGCACACCGUUUGAUUUUAGGCAAGA